ACCCCCCUUCUCCCCGAUUCGUGCACUCGGCCCUCCCCUAGCAGCGCUCCGCCGGAAGCAGCUCGCCGUCGCCUCGCCGCUGCCUGCGUCGGCACCACGCCUCGCAGCCUCCGUCGGCGCCGCGCCGCGCCGCCGCCUGCGUCUAUGGUUGCGCCGCACAGCUGUACACCAGCCAGAGUAAUAACUCAUCACCCCUUCCCCUAAACCUCAGCUGAAACCUAAACCCUCCCCCAUACGUCGGCGCCGCCGCUCACACCAACCUCAGAGCCGUCUUCUCCUCCACGGAUCCACCUGGUCCGCCUCAUACGGUUGGAUUCUCGAUACAACCGUUCUCCCAUCUCUCCCUGCGCUCGCGGCGCUGCCAUGGCACCGCACGGUGAUAGGAAGAAGGGUAAGGCCCCGGCCCGCCCGAGCAAGCCGGAACUGCGGCCUAACCGCAAGGAAUUCAAAAACCACCGAAAUGAGGAGGUUGAGAAAGGGGGUGGUGGAAAGCAGCAGGAGCAGGAGCCGGAGCCGCAUUCUGCAGCGCUCUUCACCGCCGACGACGACGGUGCCUUCCCGAGAGGAGGACGCAGCCUCCUGAGCAGGGAUGAGAUGGCAGAGGCGCGCACGGAGGCAGAUGCAGAGUUCGAGAAGGAGGAGAGAAGGGGGGCGAAGAAGAGGAAAUCCAACAUCUCUAUAGGAAUUGACGCUGAUGAUGAUUUGGGGACCCUUUUCGGUGGUGCUACCACUGGGAAGCUCCCACGCUUUGCCAAUCGCAUUACCUUGAAGAAUAUUUCACCAAAUAUGAAGCUUUGGGGUGUUGUAAUUGAAGUUAACCAAAAAGAUGUUAUAGUAAGUCUACCUGGUGGAAUGAGAGGGUUUGUUCGCAAAGACGAAGUGUCUGACCUUGCUCUGCACGGAAAUCACAAGGAUAGUGAGAGCAGUAUAUGUGCUGAAGUUGUCCAUGUUGGUCAGCUCGUACCUUGUGUAGUUCUACGAGUUGAUGAUGAUAAGAAAGAAGGAAAAGUAAACAAACGGGUCUGGUUAUCAUUGAGGUUGACACUCAUUUACAAGGGUCUUUCUCUUGAUGGUAUCCAGGAUGGAAUGGUACUCACUGCCCAAGUGAAAAGCGUUGAGGACCAUGGUUACAUUCUUUAUUUCGGAGUAUCCACCUUUAGUGGAUUUAUGCCAAAAUGUGACAAAGAAACUGUGAAGAUUGAGAGCGGACAACUCGUGCAAUGUGUUGUGAAGGCAAUCGAUAAAGCUCGAGCUAUUAUUCACUUGAGUUGUGAUGAAGACUUGCUCUCCAAAUCCAUCAUUAAAGAUCUGAAAGGCCUUUCUAUUGAUCAUCUAAUUCCUGGCAUGAUGAUGAAUGCACGUGUUCAUACAGUUCUUGAAAAUGGAGUUAUGCUGUCAUUUCUUACUUAUUUCACUGGAACCGCUGAUAUUUUUAAUUUGUCAAACUCAUUUCCCUCUGGUAAUUGGAAAGAUGAUUACAGUAAGAAUAAGAAGGUAAAUGCCCGAAUCUUAUUCGUUGAUCCGUCGACAAGAGCAGUUGGGCUUACAUUGAACCAGCACUUACUUCGUUUUGAAGUACCCCCUGUUAAUGUUAAAGUUGGAGAAAUCUAUGAGAGAUCUCGGGUUCUGAGGAUGGAUAAAAGGGCCGGUCUUUUUCUUGAAAUACCUUCUCCAACUCCAUCACCUGGAUUUGUUAGUAUACAUGAUGUAUCAGACAAGGAUGUGAAGAAAGUUGAGAAGAAAUUUAAGGAAGGCAGCAUCACACGUGUCCGUGUACUUGGAGUGCGACAUCUUGAAGGAGUUGCGCUAGGCACCCUAAAAGACAGUGCUUUUGAAGGUUCUGUUUUCACCCAUGCUGAUGUCAAACCAGGAAUGGUAGUGAGAGCUAAGGUUGUUACUGUUGGGCCUUUGGAAGCAAUCGUGCAGUUUGCAGGUGGUGUGAAAGCACUUUGCCCGCUUCGUCACAUGUCUGAGUUAGAUAAUGUUGUAAAGCCACCGAAGAAAUUUAAGGUUGGAGCUGAAUUACUUUUCCGUGUUUUGGGUUGCAAAUCCAAGAGAAUAACAGUGACAUACAAGAAAUCGCUGGUCAAAUCAAAACUUGAAGUGUUGGCCUCAUAUGCUGAUGCCAAGAUUGGUUUAGUGACUCAUGGAUGGAUUACUAAAAUAGAAAAGCACGGUUGCUUUGUGAGAUUUUACAACGGAGUUAAGGGUUUUGUGAGCAGAUCUGAGCUUGGACUAGAGCCAGGUACUGAAGCUGGGAGUGUUUAUCAUGUUGGGCAAGUUGUCAAAUGUAGAAUUGUCAGUGUUGUCCCUGCUUCAAUGAAACUAAAUGUUAGUUUUGCAACAUCUUCUAAUAGGAUUAUUCAAGCCGAUACUGCGAAGGUGGGUACUAUUGUCUCUGCUGUUGUGGAGCGGCUUACUCCUGCAGCUGUUGUUGUCAGUGUAAAUGGCUUCUCCAAGGGAUCUAUACUUGACGAGCAUUUGGCCGAUCAUCAUGGCCAAGCUGCUCAGUUGAAGAAUUUAUUGAAGCCUGGCCAUGAGUUCAACCAGCUUCUAGUUCUUGAUACCGAAGGGCAAAAUUUAAUUCUUUCUGCUAAACAGUCACUUAUCAACAGUGCAAAUGACAUUCCAUCAGAGAUAUCGCAGAUGCAAGCGGGAGCUGUAGUUCAUGGUUAUAUUUGCAACAUCAUAGAAGCUGGUUGUUUUGUUCGCUUUCUUGGACAUCUGACUGGUUUCUCUCCCAAGGAUAAAGCAGUUGAUAUACCAAUGGAAAAGCUUUCUGCUGCGUUCUUUGUUGGCCAAUCAGUUCGAAGUCACAUCCUCAACGUAAAUGCAGAAUCUGCCCGAUUGAAGCUUUCACUGCAACAGUCUGUGUGCUCUUCACCAGAUUGUUCCUUUAUGCAAGGAUACUUUCUUCUGGAUCAGAAGAUUGCGGAAAUGAAGUAUUCAGGUAGCAGUACUUCUCAUGAUUGGAAGAAAUCUCUUGGCAUUGGCAGCUUGGUUAAGGGGGAGGUGGGAGCAGUAGAAGAAUAUGGUGUUAUCCUUAACUUCAAAGACCAUCCUGAUGUUGUUGGCCUGAUUGAACAUCAUCAACUUGGUGGCAGUACUGUAAAAGUGGGUUCUUCUGUGAAGGGUCUUAUUGUGGAUUUAUCUGAUGGAGUUGUAAAUUUAUCCCUUAAGCCGGAACUAAUUGGCAGUGUCAGCAUGGAUGGAAAAAAGAAGAAACGUCACAGAGCUGCGGUUUUGGACUUGGAGCUUCAUGAAGAAGUGAAUGCAGUUGUGGAGAUAGUCAAAGAGAGCUAUGUGGUUCUUUCUGUCCCCGAGUAUAAUCAUGCAAUAGGUUUUGCACCAUUGAUGGAUUACAACUCUCAGCUGCUUCCUCACCACCAUUAUGAUAAUGGGCAGCGCAUUACUGUCGUUGUUGGAAGUAUCCCAAGUUCUGACCCUUCUGGAAGACUUAUCCUACUCCCGAAAACAUCAGGGCAGGGUUCUGGUCUCUCUAGUUCUAGAAAAGCGAAGAAAUUGUCCGACAAAGUUGGGUCACUUGUUGAAGCAGAGGUUAUCGAUAUCAAGCCACUUGAGCUUAUUGUGAAAUUUGGUGUCAAUCAUCAUGGGAGGAUUCAUAUUACCGAGGUCCUUGAAGAUGAUUGCAGUGAGCAUCCUUUUAGUAAACUCAGAAUUGGGCAAAAGAUCCAUGCAAGAGUUGUUGCCCAAGCUGAACAUUCAGCAAAUAGCGGCAGAAAACUAAAAUGGGAACUGUCUAUUAGACCAUCUGUGCUUCAAGGAGAGUCCAAACAAUUAAAUGCCCUUGAAAACAAAUCAAACCAUUCAGUGAAUGGAAUUGUGCGUGCUUAUGUCGUCAAGGUGGACAGGGAGUGGGUCUGGUUAACUGUAUCAAGAAAUGUUACGGCGCAUUUAUUUAUUCUCGAUAGUUCCGUUGAGCCCAUUGAACUAAAAGAGUUCCAACAGCGGUACCGUGUCGGCCAAGCAGUGAAAGGAUAUAUUAUUGGGGUGAAUAGAGAGAAAAAGUUGUUGAGGCUGAAAGCACUUGAUAACCAAGCCAUGCUCAAGAAUAUAGAUGACACCCAAAAACCAAUCUCUUCUAUUGCUGAACAUACAAAGGAAGGCGAUAUAAUUGGUGGACGCAUUCAAAAGAUUCUACCUGGUGUUGGUGGGCUACUCAUCCAGAUUGGACCUCAUCUUCAUGGAAGGGUUCAUUAUACUGAAAUUGUUGAUUCGUGGGUACCAGAACCCCUUUCUGGAUUCCAUGAAGGUCAGUUCGUGAAGUGCAAGGUCCUGGCUGUAAGCCGCCCAUCUGAAGGAUCUGUCCGAGUAGAACUGUCACUUCGUUCAUCUAUCCUAUGCACAAGUCAUGACCCAUCAAGAAAACUAGUUGAUGAUUCGGCAACUUGCACUACCCGGUUUGAGAACGUCAAUGAUCUGUCCCCUGGAUCAGAGGUUAAGGGUUAUGUGAAGAACGUGAAUGCCAAAGGUUGUUUCAUUAUGCUUUCUCGAAUGAUCGAGGCUAGGAUUAUUUUGUCAAAUUUGUCAGAUGAGUAUGUCGAAAAUCCUCAGAAGGAUUUCUCGGUUGGAAUGCUUGUACACGGAAGGGUCUUGUCUGCAGAACCACUAUCAGGGAAAGUUGAAGUAUCACUUAGGAAGGGCACAGGUAGCAAAUCACAGAAGUCGGAUGGCAUUAGUUACAGUGAUCUGCAUGUUGGGGACAUCAUUGAUGGUCAAGUUAAACGGGUUGAAUCCUAUGGAUUAUUUGUGACAAUCCAGAGCAGUGAACUGGUGGGCUUGUGUCAUGUAUCAGAACUUUCUGAUGAGCCAGUUCUUGAUAUUAACUCUUGCUACAAAGCUGGUGAUAUGGUUAAAGCCAAGAUUUUGAAGAUUGACGAGGAACGGCGCCGAGUGUCCCUUGGCAUGAAGAAAUCUUAUUUUGUCUCUGGUCUGACUGAUGGUAUAAAUGACGACGACGAUGAUGAUGAAAGGGUUCCUAUGGACAUCAAUCAUGUCCCUGAGAUGUCUAGUGAUUUGAACAGCGCCUUAGUUGUUCCAGAGCCAGAACCCAGGGCUUCUGUGUUGCCACUUCAAGUCUCCUUGGAUGAAUAUGAAGGUUCUGACCAAGAUAGUGAUGAUAAAGGUCCUAAAAUUGCUAAUGGAACUGGAUCAAUUGUUCAAAAGAGCGAUAAACGGUUGAAGGAGAAGGCGAGGAAACAAAGGGAACUAGAUAUCAGUGCCUUGGAGGAAAGGGCUUUACAGAAAGAUAUACCAAAAACUCCAGAUGAAUUUGAGAAGUUGGUCCGGAGCUCUCCAAACAGUAGCUUUGUCUGGAUAAACUAUAUGGCAUUUUUGUUAGACCUUGCAGAUGUUGAGAAAGCACGUUCAGUAGCUGAAAGGGCUUUGAGAACAAUAAACAUGCGAGAAGAGGAGGAGAAACUCAAUGUAUGGGUAGCAUACUUUAAUCUUGAAAAUGAAUAUGGUUGUCCACGGGAGGAUGCUGUCAAGAAAAUAUUCCAGAGAGCCAUGCAGUAUUGUGAUCCCAAAAAGGUGCACUUGGCUCUUCUUGGAAUGUAUGAGAGAACUGACCAGCACGAACUGGCAGAUGAACUUUUCGAUAGAAUGACCAAAAGAUUCAAGACUUCAUGCAAGAUCUGGUUGCGCCGCAUUCAAUUUUCUCUCAAGCAAGGCAGGGAUGUUGAAUACAUCAAAUCCAUCAUAAACCGUGCGCUUCUAAGUCUGCCACAGAGCAAGCGUAUUAAAUUUCUCUCACAGACUGCUAUCCUGGAGUUCAAGUGUGGGGUGCCUGAGGAAGGGAGAUCCAGAUUUGAGCUUAUCUUAAGGGAGUAUCCAAAAAGAACAGAUCUUUGGAGUGUUUACCUUGACCAAGAAAUUCGCCUUGGUGACACGGACGUUAUACGGGCAUUAUUUGAUAGAGUGACAUGCCUUAGUCUUCCUCCAAAAAAGAUGAAGUUCUUGUUCAAGAAAUACCUGGCAUACGAGAAGUCUCAGGGCGACAGAGAAAGAAUGGAGCUUGUGAUGCAGAAGGCAACGGAGUAUGCUAAGAUUUCACAAGCCUAAUGUACGAUCUAUGCACAAGUGUCUGCUGCUUCGCGAUCACGGAUGGUGAUUCUGUGACUAGGUCUCUGGUCGAACUCACCUGAAUUGCUGCUUGAUGAGAGGACCACAAUUUUGUUCGGUGUUAGUGUUAGCGGGGAAGAAACUUUGUAGAAUACUCGUAAACUUUAGCUUGUAUGCCUUGCGGCAUGUCUUUGCCAAUUUUUAGUGUUGUGUAAACCUGAGUCAGAAAGAACGUUUCUUGUUCUAGUGGAAAUUUGCAAAGAUGGUUCACUUUCCUUA